AUGAAGCCCAAUCACAGAAAGAUAUCCAAGAAACAGUGGACCAGGAGGUCAGUGGCCUAUCUCAGUAAGUCUACAGCCAUGAUGAAGAUGCCUCUUAGUAUGAGAUGCAUGCCACCUCUCCAGAAGAGGAAUGGCUCAUCUCUCCAAAAGCAAAAACUGAUUAGGCCUUUUGAGGCCCUGGAGAAUAUUGUCGGCCGCAGAAUUUCUCAUGGCUGGAAGGAAGCCAAUGAACCAGUCACCCAGUGGAAAGCCAUCAUUCUAGAUCAAUUGCCAACAAAUCCUCUCUAUUUGUUGAAGUAUGAUGGGAUAGAUUGUGUCUAUGGAUUGGAGCUUCACAGUGAUGAAAGGAUUUUAAACCUUAAGUUCCUGCCUAACAACGUACCAUUUCCUCAGGAGACAGACACUCAUCUCUCAAACACCAUAGUUGGAAGAGCAGUGAAACAUACACUUGAGGGCACAAACGGCUCUAAGGAUGACUGGAAGGUGAUGGUCCUAGAGGAGGUGCCAAUCAUGAAGACCUGGUUCUAUAUUAGCUACAAGAAAGAUCCGGUCUUGUACAUUUACCACCUCCUGGUUGACUACCUUGAAGGCAACCUCCUCAUCAUGCCAGGAUGUCCUCCAUUAGGGGUGAAUUUGGAAUUAGGCAGGGAUUCCUUGGCAGGCAAAAGUGUGCAGCACAAUGAAAAAGAUGGAACCCAAAAGAUAGGUAAAAUUAUUUACCAAGUUACCACCAAACCUUCCAUGCAUUUUAUCAAGUUGGAUAAUGACUUCGAUAUCUAUGUCUAUGAUUUGAUCAGACGACAGCAGCGGCGGAAGCCCGGCCCACGUUGGACGGCCAUGGCGGUGGAAGCCCAGCCCGCAUCGGACGGCCAUGGCGGUGGAAGCCCGGCCCGUGGCGGACGGCCACGGCUGCGAAAGCCCAGCCCGCGGUGGAUGGCCGCGUUGGCGGAUGCCGGGCCCGCGGCGGACGGCAGCGGUGGAACCCCGGCCCGCGUCCGACGGCACCUGCGGAACCACGGCCCGCGGCGAUCGGCAGUGUCGGAACCCCGGCACGAGGUGGCCGGCUGUGGCGGAACCCCGGCCUGGUGGAACCCUGGCCCGCGGCGGACGGCAGCGGUGGAACCCCGGCCCGCGUCCGACGGCACCUGCGGAACCACGGCCCGCGGCGAUCGGCAGCGGCAGAACCCUGGCCCGCGGUGGUCAACUGUGGCGGAACCCCGUCCCGCGGUGGUCGGCUGCAGCCGACCCUCGGUUCGCCCAGACAGCAGCAGCAGACCCCUGGUCCUCUCACUUAAAUCAACUAAGUUUUUUUGGGGACUGGCCUGUAGAGAGGGAGGCAUUUUAUUGGUGAGGUCUACGGGCGAGCGAGGAGCCGCGUCCUGUCCCUGA